UUGUGAGAGGCGCUGCGGUUCUUCCUCCGGCCUGCAGGCGGCGGCGGCGCGUCUCUCGCCGGCUCGAGGCUCGGGCGCUGACUGCAGAUGAAGUGCAGUAUGGCGGAGCGACGCUAAAACACAACAAACCUGUGCGAAAAACAUCGGCAUAAAACCCCGAAAUCCUGCCAAUCCGGCCGCUCUGCGAUCAUAAUCACACUCGGACCCGCGGCUCGAUAAUCGCGCUCUUUCUGUUUGUGGCCGACGGUGUUUUUGUUUCGUCGCGACACUUUACGAUCACAUAACAAGGCAAACUAGCGUAUUAGUCUUUCAUUUUCACCUUUAUUACGCGUAUACGCAUUUAAAAUACAUUUAAUUCUUCAUUAAACGGCAAAUCGUCGCUUCGGUGCAGAAAUCAAAACACCGCAGGAGUGAAUGUAAAGGCUUUAUUUAUUAUUUCACCGAACGGUAAAACGAUGGAGAAAAAGCAGCAUAAAUCAGACAAACAUCACCGCCAUCAUCCUCAUCCUCAUCCUCACCAGUCCUCCAGCAGCAGCAGCGGGGAGUCCGGCGGCAGCAGCCCGGCUCACGGGGCGCCCAGAGCGGCCAACGCCUUCGCCAACGACGGCAGCUUCAUGGAGCUGUUCAAGAAGAAGAUUUCAUACCUAAACAGUCAUAUACGUGUGUAUCUGAUGUGUGUGUGGAUGCAGGUGGAGGCUGGGAAAGGAGACGCCUGGACUAAAUACAUGGCAGAAGUGAAAAAGUAUAAAGCGCAUCAGUGUGGAGACGACGAUAAGACCAGACCGCUGGUCAAAUAGACUGAACUGCUUCCUGUGGAGACGGGCGUCACUGCCAUUCACUCUUUGUCUGUUCUUCUCCUUCAGCUCUUUGUUUCCAGCUUGAGUUUCAUCCUGUGUGCCGUAUUUGCUUGUUUGUUGGAUUCUGGUUCUUUUUGAGUCGUUAUGAUUUAGUCUGUGGCAUUACACCGAUCUUGUUCACCUUGUUGAUAUUUUGUACUCGACGUGUUUGCUACUUGAAUGUCACCUGAUGAAGAUUGACGAUGAUGAAUUAAACUACAGUACCACA